UGUGGUCUUGGUGGAUCAGUGAUGUUCUAGUCAUAAAGAAAUAUGCAUCGGUAGAAUAUUUUAAGUUUUUGUGAAUAAUAAGUUAUCGAGAAUCUUCAGAAACAAUGGGAGCAGGCAGCACGAUAUUUAGUGCAAGACAAGUGCUGUGGUGUAUGGUGUUCUGCGGAUUCGCCGUUAACUAUAUGAUAAGAAUUAAUUUAAACAUAGCAAUAGUGUCUAUGGUCAGGCAUCGAUCUUUAAUUGUGGUUAACGAAACAAUUAACGAAAAAUUGCAAUUAGUUUUGGAUUCUGGGGCGGAAAAUGUUUCGGAAAGUUCAUCCAGCACCCAAGCGCCUGGACCAAGCGAGAUCUAUCAGGAGGAAGAUGGUUUCAUCUGGGACGAAUACCAGCAAGGGUUAAUUUUAGGGGCAUUUUUCUGGCUCCACUGGAUCACUCAAGUACCAGGAGGAAUUUUGGCUAGAAAAUAUGGUACUAAACUGGUGUUUGGUUUGUCGAAUUUUCUAGGUUGCUUAUUUUGCUUCAUCACGCCACUAUCGGCGUAUAUGAAUUAUCAAGCACUUAUAUUCCUCCGAGUAAUUCAGGGCAUUGUUUGCGGUUUUGCUUGGCCAUCAAUGCACAAUAUGACCGCACUAUGGAUACCUCCAAAUGAAAGAAGCAAAUUCGUGACAGCUUACUUAGGAAGUUCUGUCGGAGCUGCUCUGACAUUUCCCUUGUGCGGAUACAUCAUAUCCUGGUGGAACUGGGAAGGAGUAUUCUAUGUCACAGGAAUGAUUGGGACAUUCUGGUUCAUUUGCUGGUGGCUUCUGAUUUUCGAUUCACCAGCUCAACAUCCACGCAUCGGGUUGGAAGAGAAGGAAUGCAUAGAGAAGAGCUUGGGAGAAUCAAUCACUAAAAAACCAUUGAAAACACCAUGGAAAGAACUACUUUUAUCCCGACCAGUAUGGAUGAACAUAAUCGCACAGUGGGGCGGUAUCUGGGGAAUAUUUACACUAAUGACACAAGCUCCAACGUACUUCAAGCAAAUUCAUGGUUGGAAUAUUCGAAUGACUGGAAUGUUAUCUGGUAUGCCGCACAUUAUGAGAAUGGUUUUCGCAUAUUUCUUUUCGUUAUUCGGUGAUUAUAUGUUAAGGACCGAUAAAAUGUCCAGGACAAACGUACGAAAAAUGGCAACUGCUGUUUGUUGCAUAGGACAAGGCAUUUUCAUGGCAGGUUUAGCAUUCUCUGGUAAUGAUCACAUCGCGGCUAUUGUGUUCAUGACUCUGGCGACUGCAGUUAAUGGAGCCGUUUCAACUGGGCCAUUAGCCAGCUUUGUGGAUUUGAGUCCCAAUUAUGCCAGUAUUACGCUGGGAUUGAGUGGUAUGAUUUCUGUAAUGCCUGGUUUUAUUUCGCCUGCUAUCGUUGGUAUACUAACAUUUGAAAACCAAACGAUAGAGCAAUGGCAGAAAGUUUUCCUCCUAGCGACAGCAAUGUUGGUCGUUUGUGGUCUUUUAUAUUUGGUGUUUGCGGACUCUAAUCUACAAUCCUGGAACAGUCCAGAUAAAAUCGUUCAAGAUCCCGAAGAAAUUGUACCAAUGACAGAAAAACCUCGUAUUGUUAUCACUAAAAAUUCAAUUCCAACAAGUGAUCUGGCUUAUACUAGGCGCCAAGAAAAAAAGGCGAACAAUGUAGAUAUUAUUCGUAAGAACAGCGACACUUCGAAUAAAACUGACUCGUAAGAAUUUUGUGAAAAGUGUUUGUGAAAGUAUUAUUUUGUCAAAAGGACGAUUUAGGCUAUGUAGUGACUGUAUGGUUAAGAACUAUAUUAGAACUUAUUGCUCAUAAAUCCAAACAUACAAUAAUCUUUAUAAAAAUACUUAAUAAUUUAUUAAAUAUUUUUACAUAAAAAAUAAAAAUAGUAAAAACGCACUUUAAUUUAUAUUUUAAUACAUUCAUUAUACUUUCGGAUGUGUCCAUUGUAUAAUAUUGUCAUA